AUUUUGACAGUUCCCCCUAUGUUUUGAGCCAGUGUGGUUUCACAAAGUAAACAAAAAUGGCUUUAGAUUUUUCUGCAACGUAUAAACUAUUAGUUUUAGGCGAUUCUAAUGUAGGAAAAACGUGCAUAGUGCAUAGGUAUUGUGAUGAAAGAUAUUACGAUAUUUACAUAUCAACUAUAGGUAUAGACUUUAAACAGAAGAUCAUAAACUUGGAUGGGGUGCCCAUAAAACUCCAAAUAUGGGAUACUGCAGGUCAAGAGCGUUUUCGUACCCUUACUACCGCAUACUAUAGAGGAGCUAUGGGCAUUAUACUUAUGUAUGAUAUAACUAAUUUGGAGUCCUUCAAUCACCUCUCUUAUUGGUUGAGAAACAUUCAAGAAUAUGCAUCCCCGGACGUAAUCAAAGUAUUGGUGGGCAACAAAUGCGAUGUGCAUGAGAACCAACGGGCAGUGCCAUGGGAACGAGGCCAGAAGAUAGCAGACGAUUUCGAUAUGCCAUUUUUCGAGGUUUCGUGUAAAAAUAAUAUUAACAUAGAAGAUGCUUUCUUGACGUUGGCCAGAAAAAUAAGAAAUUAUCGAGAAACUAAGGCCGAUGCUUUUGAACUGAGGGAAAGAGAUAACGUUAUAAAGCCAUCGGAUUCCGAAACAGAUGUGUCAAAAUGUAGCUGUUAGCCUAAGUUCAUAUAUACAGACAUAUUCAACUUAUGUAGAAGUGAAUGUAGAAACUGUGUAGUUUUCUGUACAGCAGGCUUCAGAAGCUUAAAAUUUUAAUGCUCAAGUGAAUCUUAUACUUUAUUCGAUAUGAACAACGAAACAUUAUAGUAACACUCAAUUUGUCUGCAUUGCGAUCACGGCAACAUACAGAAUUAUAUUGGUAAAUAUGAUAUGAUAAUAAUUGUGCCUAGUUCUCUUGAAAUGUUUGUAGUAAGCUAAUUGGAGCGACUGUACAAUUUCACAGUGCUUCGGUUCCAUAUGUGGGUUCAAUAUUCGGUGCAGGCAUCGACUAUCUCUUCAUUUAGCUGAAGAAGAUAGAAUAAUAGCAUAGUCGAACUAUUUUGAAUCUAAACGAAACUCGCACCACACUUUAAGUGCAUACUUGUAUUAACCUAUUUUCAAAACAAGGAAGUUUUAUGAGAAAGAUUACAGUCUGUCAAGAAACUGAAGAAAAUAAAUGAUGGCGCUGACUCCUGUUGGCUGGCAACACUGGGUGUUUAUUAACCAAUCGUGACCAUUCUAGUUGGUAUUGCUAUGGCAAAAAAAUGUAGUAUGUGUAGUAAAAUCAGUUUUCACUUUUUUGACAGACCUAAGUAUAUCCCAAAAGUGAAUUUAGUAUUUAUUAAGACUGGUUUGUAACAUUAGUGUUUUACUGCAACUCAGGGCAUUUACUUGCUACCGAUCAUAUAAUAUGUAUUAUUAAUUACUAAUUUUACAAUAAAUAUCCAGUGUAGCAAAAAAUACUGUUACUGACCAGUCCUAUUGUAGAGUGAUCUGUGUUUGAUAAGCUUAUUUUUUUCACUCAAUAGAUAUUGUGAUGCCUGAGGAAGGUUUAGUUAGGUGUACAAUUUAUUAUGUUUUACACGAGCGAAGGCGGAACGGGCGGCUAGUUAUUAUUACUAAUUAGUGAUUUAACACAAUACUGAAAUAACUGUUUAAAAUUAUCACAUUAUGUUCCAUAAUCAAAUAUAAGUAAAA